AUGAGCUCAUCAGGACAGCAGCGCGUCGCCAUCGUCACUGGCGCUGGAAGUGGAUUCGGCGCCGGCAUCGCGAAGCGCUUCCAGAAGGACGACGUUGCCGUCAUCGUCGCGGACAUUCUGACAGCAGGCGACGUCACGAAGCGCGGUGACUGGGAGAACGUCGUCAAGGUCGCGCAGGAAACGUACGGCGGCCUCAACUAUGUCAUCAACAACGCCGGCGCGACCUACAAGUCCAAGCCGGUGCUGACGACGACCGAGGCCGACUUCGACCUCUGCAUCGACGUCAACCUCAAGUCCAUCUUCCACUCGGUGCACGUUGCGGUCCCCGUCCUCCAGAAGACGACUGCUGCUGGCCAGCCUGCCGCCGUCAUCAACAUUGCCUCGACCGCUGGUAUUAUGGGCCGCCCCGGUCUCACCUGGUACUGCGGAUCCAAGGCCGCCGUUAUCAGCUGCACGAAGAACCUCUCGAUCGAGUUUGGAAAGCAGCAGAUCCGCUUCAAUGCCAUCUGCCCCGUGUUCGGCAACACUGGACUCAAGUCGGCCUUCCUCGGCGAGACGACCGAGGACCAGAUGCUCGCCUCCAUCCCGCUCGGCCGCAUCUCGCAGCCUUCCGACAUUGCGAACGCGACCGUCUUCCUGUGCUCAGACGAGGCUUCGUUCCUGACCGGCGUCGCCCUGCCCGUCGACGGCGGCCGUCUGGCUUAA